UCAACUUAUCGGAAUAUGAUUCUGGGACCAAAGUUAUCUAAUCCAGCAUACAUCUUUGGACAAACCAAAAGAGACAGAAAAUGACGCUGGGGUAUGUGUGCUUGAUGCUUCUGGCCUAUGCCGGUGUGGCGAGCCCCGAUGAGUUAGCUCAUGCCGCCUCUUCCGAGCCUAAGCAUAUCUUCAUCCUGGCCGGCCAAAGCAACAUGUCCGGGCGGGGAGGCUCCACAACCAACGGCACUUGGGACGGCGUCGUCCCGCCCGAAUGCCGACCCAGCUCCGCCAUCCUCCGCCUCAGCGCGGGGCUGAAAUGGGUGGAGGCCAGGGAGCCCCUCCACCAGGAUAUUGAUGUUAACGCAACUUGCGGGGUUGGCCCCGGCAUGGCGUUCGCCAAUAAGCUACUGGAGAAAAACUCCAGUUUCCGAGUUGUGGGAUUAGUACCAUGCGCCGUUGGAUCGUUUCUGGGUACCAAGAUAAGUGAAUGGGGCCGCGGCACUUUUCUCUACAAUCAGCUGGUGAAAAGGGCGCGCGAAGCAGAGCACGACGGCGGGAGGAUCGAAGCAGUGCUGUGGUAUCAGGGCGAGAGCGACACUGUGAACUUGACGGAGGCGAAAUUGUACAAGAGGCGGUUGAGGCAUUUCGUCGAACACCUGCGGGCUGAUCUGCGAUCCCCACAGCUGCCGGUGAUUCUGGUUGCUUUGGCAUCUGGGCAAGGGCCUUACAUUGAGAAAGUUCGAGAAGCUCAGUUGGGAACCCAUCUGCCAAAUGUGAAAUGUGUUGAUGCCAAGGGGCUGCAGCUGGUGCCGGAUCACUUGCACCUCAGCACCGCCGGUCAGGUUCGACUUGGGGAGAUGCUGGCUGAUGCAUUCCUCCAAUUUAAUGCCGCCAAAAAGACUUGAUUGAGUAAGCUGCUGUAUUACUGUGCCUCGUCUCCAUCCCAUGUGAUGUGUCCUAGUAAAAAAAUGUUGCCUUACAUGUAAUUGUGCAAGACUGAAACUUCACCUUGAGCAUUCCUCCACUUCUAUUUUAGUUAUUCGUACUUGGAAAAAAAAAUAA